AUGUUGGUUCACACGAGUACCAUUUUUUCCCGCUCUUCAACGGCGAUUUUGAAUCACAUCUCCCAACUUUCCAGUCAGUACUCUCGUCACCAUCUUCUGUUCUCGCUUUCUCCCAAUGUCGAGGCCUCAGAACUUUCUCAACUCGUUCAAAAUUUAACUACUUUGUCUUCAAAUACCGUCGGCUGCCUCUCAGCUCCAGCAGCCAUGGACAUGGUAUCAUGUUCACUGGCCGUUUUCGAUGGCAAUUGUGUCCCAUUUCGUUCAACUAUCCCUGGUAUACCAUUGCCUCAGGUUGGACGGUGGCAUUCUUUCAGAAAGAAAGACAAAAACGCGCCGUCCUUCGAAGGUGAAUAUGGAGAAGGUUUGGAUUGGGAAGAUGUGUGGAGUAAGAGAAUGUCGACACAGGAACGUCCAGACGGUCUAGAGGAUCUACAACGGGAUUCCGUAAAUGCUCUGAUUUACUUUUCGGAUGCGUCUCCCGAGGGAUUAAGAAGCUCAUUACAUGCGAAUUUCCCCACCGCCUCAAAGAUAGGUCUUGUCCCUACCUCUACGCCGUUUAUCACCGGACGCCCUGUGACGCUCUUUCGGAACCAGCGGAUAUGGGAAUCGGGAGCGGUUGGCGUUGCGUUGUCCCACGCAAAGAAUGUCCGUUCCAUGCUCGAUUAUCACGGGCUCGUGUCCCUGUCCUCAACCAUGACUGUUUCGGAGAGCGAGGGCAACUUGGUGAACACGCUUGACCGGCAGAAUCCUAGCCAGCUGUUGCUCUCAGCUAUACGAGAGCAUAAUCUGGCUGUCACGUCAUUAGACCCCGAGGAGGAAUUUUAUCUGAUGUCGGAGGAGACGCAAAUCGCAUACGCAAUAACCGCUGGCGAUCCAUCCCGUGGGACGAUAUCUCUGAACACCGACCAAGGUCCUGGUGUCGGUUCUCGUGUUCGGUUCUACCAUCGGCCAAAAUCCUCGUCGGGGAGGACGCUGACCUUCGGGCAACCGCGAGCGACCACGUUCAAAUUCAUGGCGGCGGACGAUAGCGUUUCGAUGCAGGACGAUACUGUCUUGGAUAACGUCUUCUUUUCUGCGAGCGAGAAUGGUUUUCUGUAUCAACAGCAUGCAGCUUGUACCAUUCCCGGUGCGACCGCGACGCUAGAGAUCGAAUGA